GAUCGAUCAAUUAGUCUUUUUUCUUUUAUAUCAGUAUAAACACUAUAGUAAAGUAAUAUGGCAGACGAAGAAGAUCCAUGGGGUUUCGACGACGGCGGCGAGGCGGAGCAAUCGACCCAGGCAUCCAAUCAGGGCACUCCGGCCGUGCCCUCCAAGGCACCUAGUGUGGCGUCCGAUCACAAGGCUGACAGCGUGGUGGCUGGCACUCCGGCCAACGAGGAGGUUCCGGCCGAAGAAAUCGAGGAAAUCAAAGCGCCUCCACCUCCGCCAGAAGAUGAUGGAUAUAGGAAACCCGUUCAAUUGUACCGACACUGGGUCAGGCCCAAAUUUCUCCAAUACAAAUAUAUGUACAACUACAGAACCAACUAUUAUGAUGAUGUAAUUGACUAUAUUGACAAAAAACAAACUGGAGUGGCACGGGAAAUACCAAGACCUCAGACGUGGGCGGAACGUGUCCUGCGCACACGAAAUAUCAGUGGCAGUGACAUUGAUUCUUAUGCACCAGCAAAGAGGGACAAACAAUUAAUUCAAACACUGGCUGCCUCAAUAAGAACUUAUAAUUAUCAUACCAAGGCAUACAUUAACCAGAGGUAUGCUAGUGUACUUUAGUAAGUGCACUUAAAUAGAAUAAUAGAAGCGUUAUAAAAGAUGAAUACUCGUAGUUAUAGAAAAGAUAAACAUUUUAAAUGAUCUAUACAUUAUAGUCAGUCAGUAAGCGUUUGUAUAUCUGCGCAUCUCCACACUCGGUAUUGACCUUACAUAAUCUAAUGUAAUGAGGUUGAUAACGCUCGGUAACACUUUUCAAGAAACCAAAUAUAUAUUUUGUAUAUUUUCUUACAAGCGUAAUUUCUGUUAAUAUAUUUUUAUAUAUAUUUAUAUAUAUUAACACAACUUACCUCUCAAUACAUGGUAUUUUUAAGAUUAUUUACUUCAUUUUUAGCAAAGUAAAUAAAUUAAAAAACAUAUUUAUAUUUUAAAGCUUAAAAUAAAAAACUGUGCAAUAAAUAAAAAUAAACAAACAUCGUCGUUUUAUUUAUCUGUAUGAAAGGUUUAUGGUUUACAAAUCGAGAAAUGUAUCCAUAGCUUAAAUUGAAGACACCUAAGUGGAAAUAGGAACAUUUCCGAUUGACAUUUUAUACAAUUAGGUCAUCGAUGGUCCUAAAAAAAAACGUAUACUUAUUCGAAUUGUUAAGUAAUCAAUUUCAAUAGAAAUCAAUCGUGUUGAUCUAAAUUUAAACAUGUCCUAAAACUAUUACAUGUUGUAAAUAAAAUUUAAGUUACUCGUUAUUAUAAAAAUACAUUGUUUUAUUUAAACUUUCAUCUGGAAGUAAACACGAAAUAACACCCAC